UUACAGCGAAAAAGGUAUGCGUCAUGCAUAUGCGAUGUACUGCCUAUGUCUGCUAAUUGAUAGGUGUUUGUUUAUAAAAGCAUGCAAAAUAACUUUCUGCAUACACACAAAAAGACUAAAACCUAAUGCUUAAUGUAAUGUGUAUGACCUGGCCUGGAUUUUUUUAUUUUUAUGUUUGGACUGGUGAUUAAGAAAGAAGUCUGCUUUUCUGUGGCCGACCCCAGAGAACGUGUGCGCUUUUACACUUCAAUAUCAGAGCAGUGGCGUCGGGGCCUGGUGUUAAUGUUACGAUAAGUAACUGUUUUCACUGUAAAGAACCGCAAAGCACGCACACGUUCCUAACUGCGUCUCUUUUAGGUUUCAGCAAUUAGUAAUUUGGAGAUGCAGACACAGUCACAGAAAGCCAAAUGAAAUGUGGCAUCAUACACUAGUUUGAAAUAAUUCUCCGACAAUGUAUGCUUUGUUGGAACCUCGAGUAUUUUUCCACUAAUGGACCACUUUCCAAGGAUGAAAAUCAACCUGUCGUCAUUUUUGUAUUGCGGGUGGUUCUAUGUGAAAGGUUUCAGUUUAGCAACCCUGAAGGAAGCCGGCUUUUUUCAUUACUGUUCUUGAUCAAGCUACCAGGAAUUCUGCUUUAAAAAUCUGAAGCGCCACAGGUGCAAUACAUACCAUAAUUAAGCGACACUCUUAAACACCCUUCAGUUUGGUCAAGUGUGUGUUUUUAAAGUUAACUGCAACGUUGAUACACGCUAUCUUCUACGCUGAUGUGGCCGGAAACAUAAAUGCUCAAUGACAUAACUACUACUUCAAAACAACGAAUCUUAGUGGUCUGGUUUACAUACAUUCGUUCGUUGGCAGUGUCCCGACACGUCAUUGAUAACAAUUCACUUGAGGAAGAGGAAGAGAAGAAGGAAACUUUUAAAAGUUUCGCAAAGCGGUGACAUGAUGGGAAUUCAGAUGUCCACCCAUAUGCUUUGCUUUGUUGGAUCUGAACCUUGAAAAUCCUUUUCUCAUCAGUUACCCUUGAGUCAUCACCAGCCUGUGUGUUUGAACAAGAUGGAUGCCGAGCCAAGCUGCCCCUAUGUCAGCAUUCCUUGCCAUAAUGAGCAACGGGAUAAAAAGAAGCGCUAUACUGUUUACAAAGUAAUGGUUUCUGUCGGCAGACAUGAGUGGUUUGUCUUCAGGAGAUAUGCAGAGUUUGAUAAACUGUACAACACACUAAAGAAACAGUUUCCUAACAUAAACUUGAAGCUCCCAGCAAAGCGAAUAUUCGGUGACAACUUUGAUCCAGAAUUUAUAAAGCAAAGAAGAUCAGGGCUAAAUGAAUUUAUUCAGAGAUUGGUCACACAUCCUCAACUAAAUAACCAUCCUGAUGUGAGGGCAUUUCUUCUGAUGGACAAACCAAGUAAUCUUUCUGAUCCUUCAGAAGAUGAUGAAGAAAAACACAAUUCUACCUCCAGUGAUAUUAACCUGGGUCCAUCUGGAAAUCCUCAAGCUAAACCAACAAACUUUGACUUCCUCAAAGUCAUUGGAAAAGGGAGCUUUGGGAAGGUUCUUCUUGCAAAACAUAAACUGGACAAUACAUAUUAUGCAAUCAAAGUCUUACAGAAAAGAGUAAUUCUUAACCGGAGAGAGCAAAAACACAUAAUGGCUGAACGCAACGUGCUGCUAAAGAAUAUAAAACAUCCUUUCUUGGUUAGGCUACAUUAUUCUUUCCAAACAGCAGACAAGCUUUACUUUGUGCUGGAUUUCAUUAAUGGAGGAGAGCUGUUUUUCCAUCUACAAAGGGAACGCACCUUUCCAGAGCCUAGAGCGAGGUUUUACAUUGCAGAAAUGGCGAGUGCACUGGGCUACUUACAUUCAAUAAAUAUUGUUUACAGGGAUUUGAAACCAGAGAACAUUUUACUAGACUCUCAAGGUCACAUAGUUUUAACUGAUUUUGGGCUGUGCAAAGAAGGAAUUUCUCAGGACGACACCACAAAUACUUUUUGUGGGACACCGGAAUACCUUGCACCAGAGGUCCUCAGAAAGCAGCCAUAUGACAAUACAGUGGACUGGUGGUGUCUUGGCUCUGUCCUGUAUGAGAUGCUCUAUGGACUGCCUCCAUUUUAUAGCCGAGAUACUGCUGAGAUGUAUGAAAACAUACUUCACAAGCCCCUGACCGUUAGGCCUGGAGCUACCGGUGCUGCCUGGUCUAUUUUGGAGGGAUUGCUGGAAAAAGACCGGACAAAGAGAUUGGGAUCAAAUGAUGAUUUUCUUGAGAUCAAAAGGCACCCCUUUUUUCAUGCUAUCAGCUGGGAGGACCUUGUACAGAAGAAGUUUCCACCUCCAUUUAAUCCUCGCGUAGCUGGUCCCGAAGACAUCCAGAACUUUGAUACUGAAUUUACAGAAGAAACAGUCCCACACUCUGUGUGCUGUUCUUCGGAGCAAUCCAUUAACGCUAGUGUACUCGAGGCAGAUGAUGCGUUUGUCGGAUUUUCCUACGCACCCCCUUCUGAAGACUCAUUCCUCUAGAAUGACUUCUCUGCCUGGACUGAUGCUGUGGAAAUUACUUGUGUAAAGCUGGGCAACACAGACCUAAAACGAAAGCCUUCUGAUUACUCGGGGAAAUACUAAACAUAGCCUUACUUAUUCCAAAAAGCCUUUACCUGACAAUGGAUCAUUCUUAAUUCAGUUCACUGUGCAUAGUGUCAAGCCUAGAUGUCUCUGCACUGUUGUUUUCAUGCAAAUAUUGCAUUGAUUUAUUUAUUUUUUUCUUCAAGAUAUACCGUGAAACAUUUAGCGAUUUGAUUCAUAUUCAUUUAAUGUCUUGUAGUCAUAAUCUUAUUUUUCAGUUUCAGUAAAUAACAUUUGAUUAAAGUCACUUGUUGAUUGAUACAUUUCUGCAGCCAACUUCUACUAUGUAUGUAUUUGCAACCUUAUGCUUUUCAAAUGUUUCUAAUAUAAUGUAUUGAUUAAUUGCACACUGUAUACGCUGUAAUAUCUGUUUGUUAAAAUAUCAUGGCAUUGGAUACAUUUUUUACCUUCAAGACAUGGUGCAGGUAAAAUGUUCUAAAGUUAUUUCAAGACCUGUUUAUCAAAAGAUAUUUGUUUACAAGUUGUAAAAUAUGAGUCCUUUUGGGGCUAUAUUAUCACAUAAAAUAUAUAUAUAUAUUUGUGGAAUACAAAAUUAA